AUGACUUCUGAUAUUAACUAUUUGGCUUCUGAAGGCCUAAAAACCAUUAAUAACGAAUUCUCUAAUAUAGUAGUAUCAGCUGAUCAGGUAACUGCAAAUUUCGGACUCAUGCUCGUCUUAGCUGCUACUCUUAUGAUUACCUACAUAGGAUUGAUCUUCUCCGUUGGGCUUCCUUUUAAUCAACCAGGAGAAGCCGACCUUGAUUUAUUUGAUUUGGCUGAAGACGAUGACAUACCAUACCAUGCUGCAGCACAGGAGACCUCUCAACAGCCCGAGAUGAAUGAAUCCGACGAAUCACAAAAGGAAAAGGAGAAGGAAAAGCAAAAAGAAACAGAAACUGGAACAGAAACAGAAACAGGAACUGGCGAAAAUUAA